AGUGAAUCAAGAAGGCGCGCACACAGUGUCCUGCAGCACAAACAAAAAAGUGAGGAUUUCCUGAGUCAGCUCCAGGAAUUGCGGUGCAAGCGUGCAAAAGAGACUGAUGGUUGAUGGGUAGUAACUGUUCACUGCAUCUGAUGCUGUGAGUCCUGAGGUUCCUGUACCUUCUUCCUGAUGGCAACGGGGGAAGAGAGCAUGAGAUAGAUGCCUGGAUUUGCUUCUUACUGAUGGACCCAUUUUACUGUCUAUCCAAUGAGAGAAAACAAACUCAGCUAAGGUGCUAUGGCAUCACAAAGUGAAGAAGGGUGCGAUAUUGGAGACUGGCUGUCUACAAUCCAUUUGGAAAAAUACAGAGAGAAUUUUGUCCUGAAUGGAUUUUACACAUCCAAGGACAUUGUACAUUUUAACAAUGAAAUGCUUAUUCAGAUCGGCAUCACAGCUACUGGGCAUCGGAAACGGAUCUUAAAGCUUGCACAGCAAAGUAGCCUGACGUUAUCAUGUGAUGAUCUUCCGAGUUCAGUCCUGGGCCAUUGCGCUGGUGAGAAAGAGAAAACUGUGGAGAGAUCAAGCACUGUUGAUGAUUGGAAAGAUAACACCGGUGGGAAUGAAGUUUUUGACCCAGGAGAACCAGUUGUUAAACCCAUUCCCAGACCACGGACAUUACUGAAUAAGCAGACUUCAGGCCCCAAACCUCCAACAGAUAUUGGAUCAGCAUCAACACCAAGUCCAAAUCAUGAGAAGCAGGAAGGGUUUUCUCCUGGUGAACCUUCUCUGGAAAGGCCUGAAUUGACUGAGAAGGAACAGGGACCAAGCGAAGAAAACAAAGUCACGUCUCCAGCAUGGGAAAGGCCUGUAAAGGAAGAGGAGAUGGUGCCUCCCGUGCCACCGCGCAUCAAUCGGGGACAGCCUCCUGCCAAUUUUGCCCCACAUGGUCCAACAAACAGAGCUGAACAUGAUCUACCGGGAUCAAAGUUUGUCGAUUCCAUCUCCAAGUCUGUGGAAGACUUGCACGAUAUCCGCUCUCUCUCUAGAGUUUCCUCACACUCCCUUCCCCAGAUGCCGUUGUUUGACACAGCAUUUACAGGGAAAAUGGUCUCCAACGAGCUCUACACCACAGUGGAGACUUUGCCUGAGAGGAAUCGAAGCCAAUCCUUCUCAAUUUCAGGCAUAAAAUCUUUGGGAAGGAGACCUAUCCCACAGCCCCCACCCACCGCGAGCCAAGCUGAUGCAUCAUCACUUUCAUUAAAAGAAAGACAACAUCUGGGAGUUCACUCUGAAGAGGACACCAGCCCUCAGCCAGUCCAGAUGCAAGCCAGUGAAUCCUCACCCUACGCCACAAUAGGAGACAUUCCAACACCUAACACCGAGUAUCCUGUGUACUUCAAAGAUGAAUUUGAGGAUGAUCUAAAAAUAUCACCAUAUGCCAGCUUCCACCUUGCUCCAGAACAAGGAAAACAUAUAAAAUGUGACUGGUUGGAGAAGCUCUCACCGCAGGGAAGCUGCGUAUUUCAGAGGCGCUACGUGAAGUUUGAUGGGAAGAUGUUGAUGUAUUUUAGCAAUGAGAAGGACCCCUACCCUAAAGGAGUAAUCCCCCUGGCUGUUAUACAGAUGGCAAGAACAGCGAAGGAAAAUAAAUUUGAAGUAGUUACAAAGCCCAGGAUAUUUGUUUUUAGGGCAGAGAGUGAAGCGCAGAGAAAUGAGUGGUGUUCACACCUCCAGAAUGCAGUCAAAAUCCAUCACUUCUCAUCCAGUCGCCGGGUUGGAUCCACAUCCCUCUGCCAGAAAUAUGGAUACUUGGAGAUGAAGGGGCAUAAAUCAAAGGUCUAUGCUGCACUCUGCACUGACACCCUCUGGCUGCACAAAAAUGAACAGACUUUCAAAUCUGGCAUUGGAAUUGUAACUAUUGAAGUUCAAGGAGCUACUAUUCGCGAUGGCAACCGUAAAAGUUUUGAAUUAAUCACUCCUUUUAAAAGCUUCAGUUUUACAGCUGAAUCUGAACGAGAGAAGAAGGAAUGGAUUGAGGCACUUCAGGACUCGAUAGCUGAGGCUCUCUCGGAUUAUGAGGUGGUUGAGAAGAUUUGGUCAAACAAGUCCAACAAAGCCUGUGCAGACUGCAAAGCACCAAAUCCGGACUGGGCGUCCAUUAACCUCUGUGUUGUCAUCUGCAAGCGAUGUGCAGGAGAACAUCGAGGCUUAGGGGCAUCGGUCUCUAAAGUACAGAGCCUGAAAUUGGAUACAAGCGUAUGGACAAAUGAAAUAGUACAGCUUUUCAUUCAGUUAGGUAAUGAGAAAGCAAAUAGGUUCUGGGCAGCUCGAAUCACUCCAGGAGAGGAAUUGGAUACAGAUGCUUCAGUCGAGAGGCGGAGAGAAUUCAUCACGAUGAAAUACAGAGAGGGGAUAUACAGGCGGUCACAUUCUAAAUUUGCAACUCAAGAGGAACUUAUUAAGGCACUUUGCACAGCAGUCUCCAGCCCCAAUCUCCUGCACACCAUACCCCAGAUCUUCUCUGAAGCAGACAAAAAGAGUCUCGCUGACCCAGAUGCCUGUGACACAAAGUCAAUUCAAAGCCCCCCCUAUUCUUCCAGAAUGGAGCGAUCACCACAGAGAAGUCCAGAUAUUCUAAAUUCCAACCCCUUGGAUUCAGCUUCAAUUUAUAGUGAGAUCACACAAUCCUUCGUACAUUGUGGGUAUCUGUACAAAACGUCAGCCAUGACAAAGCUCCCUGCCAGCAAGAAAUGCAAAGAUGAGUUUCAGAAACAGUGGUGUUCCAUGGAAAGGUCUCUUCUAUUCUAUGAAACAGACAAGAGUCCUGAACCAAUCGGCAAGAUCGAAAUGUGUGAGAUUGUCUCCAUAGGAGUGAACAGACCACAGUCAAUGUCCAAUUCCAUUCCAACAGACAGGUUUCGGUACACAUUUGAAAUCUUUUUGUCUUCAGAAAAGUUAUUCCAGUUUGGAACAGACAAUCCUGAAACUCUGCAGACAUGGACAAGCUCCAUAGCAAAGGGGUUCACUUGUGCCAGUCUGCACAGCCUUCUCAAUCGGCAGUUUGAUAGGAUUGGAAAGCUGCGUUAUAAAUCAAUGCGGAAUCCUGAGCAAUGGAGGGAGGGGUGGUUCAUGCUUAGGAAAUGCAACCUUACAUUCUGCUGUGAAGAGGGUGGACUUCUGGAGGAGACAUUGCACCUGAAGAGACUACAGGAACUGACUUUCACUAUUCUGAAUGAAAACAGCGAGAAGAAAGAAGUAUUACGACUGGUUGACAAAGAACGAACAUUGUACCUGCAUGGAGUGACACGCCUGGACUACUCAAUGUGGUGCAGUGAUAUUCAGAGUGCGGCGGGCAGUCGGGGGAAUGCACUAAGUGACCAGCAGCUAAGCAGAAAGGACAUCCCCAUUAUCGUUGACAGCUGUAUUGCCUUCAUUACCCAAUAUGGGCUGUGCCAUGAGGGGAUUUACAGGAAGAAUGGAGCCAAGUCACGCAUCAAGCUGCUAAUGGAUGAGUUUCGAAAGGACGCCAGGAAUGUAAAGCUACGAACAGGCGAGCACUUUAUUGAGGAUGUCACCGAUGUCCUCAAGAGGUUUUUUCGGGAGGUAGAUGACCCAAUCUUUAUGACAGAGCUCCAUCCACAGUGGAAAGAAGCUGCAGAUAUUUCUCAUAAAGCCCAGAGACUGCAACAAUACAAAGAAAUCAUUCACUUGCUCCCAAGAGUCAACAGGAUGACUCUUGCUGCACUGAUUGGUCAUUUGUACAGGGUUCAGAAAUGUGCAGACCUCAACCAGAUGUGCACCAAGAAUCUGUCGUUGCUUUUCGCCCCCAGCUUGUUUCAGACCGAUGGGAAAGGAGAGCAGGAAGUGAAGGUGGUCGAGGACCUCAUUGACAAUUAUGUGACAGUGUUUGAUAUUGAUGAUGACCAUGUGACGCAGAUAGAUCUGGAAAACAGUCUGAUCACUACUUGGAAAGAUGUGCAGCUUUCUCAGGCCGGAGAUCUGAUCAUGGAGGUAUAUGUUGAGACAAAGACGACUGACUGCUGUAUGACACUCAAGGUAUCACCUACAAUGACAUCAGAGGAACUGACGAAUCAGGUGCUGGAUAUGAAGAACAUGUUAACAGGAGAAAGGGAAGUUUGGGUCACCUUUGAAUGCAUUGAAAACGGUGAACUGGAGAGGCCUCUCCACCCCAAGGAGAAGGUUCUGGAACAAGCCCUCCAAUGGUGUAAGCUAGCAGAACCUAGCUCAGCUUAUCUGGUAGUGAAGAAACUCCCUGAAGAAGGAGGAAAUCUGUACUCAGCAGGUAAAAGUGACAUUCCAAAGUGUGGGGUCUUGAAAUGUCGGGAGGAACCUCCAAAGCUCCUGUCUGGAAACAAGUUCCAGGAGCGAUAUUUCGUUCUGCGUGAUCGUAAGCUGCUGCUGUUUAAGGAUAAAAAGAGCUCCAAGCCUGAGCGGGAGUGGUCUGUCUUCUCAUUGAAGGUUUACCUUGGUAUUAAGAAGAAGCUGAAAACACCGACAGUACAGUGGGGGUUCACUAUUUUCUUGGAUAAGCAGCAGUGGUUCCUGUGCUGCUCAGGGCAAUCUGAAAUGUGGGAUUGGACAGCCAGCAUCCUUAGAGCACAGCACGAUGACCUCCGACCUACAGUGUUAAGGCGCCAUUCUUCAUCUGAUAUAUCCAAACAGAAGUUUGGGACCAUGCCACUUAUUCCACUCCACGGAGAUGAGAGCAAUUCUAUCAUGCUAUCCGCAAAUCAAACUCUGCGGCGCCUACAUGACCGGAGAACACUCUCAAUGUUCUUUCCAAUGAAGAUGCAGCAUGAGAUAUUUGAACAGCAACAGAAGGAAGAAGACUCCAGCAGUGAGCCUGUAUAUGAAGAAGUUCAGGAUGUCAACGUCAUGUUGUCAAUGAACUCAGAAAUCUCAGCAGUGGAUCCCGCACCAAUCCUGGUGAAGAGAAACCUGGUUACGAACCAGCCGAUGCAGGACAAGUUCCUCCAGGAACUGAGUUCGGCCAUUCAUAGAAAGAAUGAACCUCAAUAUGAUAUCACCAAGCUGUAAUGUACAGUGGAUGAUUCAGGGAUUCACUGAAUGAAGGUGGUGUUUAUUCCAGUCCAAUCUCAGGGUUCAUCUGAUCUUGGGACCACCCUUUGCCAUGUAGAUGCACCAUGUGUGUAGAGGCUGGGGUGUGUUGGCUUUGUUAGUCUCAUCAUAAGAGCACUGAGUAGAAAUUCAUUCUCCGUCACAUGGUCUGAAUGAUUUUUGAGACACAAAAACACUGGAGUCAAUUUUGGGAGGAGUACUUUAUAGGACCCAACAAUUACAAUGUGAACAUCGAGUGUGAAUAAUAAGAUUAGUUUUCCAGCACAAUAUUUUUAGUUACCGGGAGGUCUCUUUUAAUAGUCUUAAUUGAAAUUUCCUUUAUUGAUGGUCACCCCAGUCACAGCCAUGUACAGGGAAGAUAUGCCCAAUGAACUAUUGCAACCUGUUUCAAGAGGCUGUUUUCUUACAUGUUGUUCUCAGAGGAGGUCUUCAUUUUCACUCAGGAAUCAUUGCACUCUCCCCUCACACAGUCUGUCAUGUUUAAUUGCUUGAUUUGUAAACUUCAGCAAGAUAAUGCCAUGCUGAGAAGUUUUCCUUUGGUUAAUUUUAUGAGUUGCAGAGGAUUCCAAAGACUUCUCUGUGGUAUACUCUAUGGCCAACUUUUCAGAAUGCUUUUCUAUUUUCCUACCAAGUUCUGAUGGUGACUUUGUUUAAAUAUCCAUUCACAGGGCUGGCUGAUGAAGUAUUGUCAGGAUGAAAGAAAGCACAAAAUGAAACAAAAGGCAUCCUCUUUAUCAUUCAAUUUACUUCAGCUUGCAGGUCCUUAGUUAACUUCUCAUUUCCCCUCUGCUCACUUUUGUUACAAUCAUCCCUUCCCUAAGUCUUCCUUUAAGUAUGAGGCCCAUUUAAUUUCCCAGCAUUAUUACAAGGCUCCUUAUUAUUGAAGAGAGAACUUUAAAAGUGAAAGUAGGAAAGCUGCGGUGAAGUAUCAGUGGUCUUGAUGCAAAUCACUGCUGGAAUUAAAACAAUUGGAUGAAAGUCAAUUAAGACAUGCAUAGGUGACUGAAUGGGACUGGUUCUGGUUCAGUGACCUGAUACAGGAAAAUCCCAAUGCUUUAGAACUUUUGUGCAGUAAUGAAUAAGAUAAGAAUUUGGUUUAAGCACGUUCACAGACAGCACACAAGUACUAGGUGGAAGAUGGUGCAUAACUUCCCAACACUACAUAAAACAUAGAAAUUUCUCGAUAAUUUUGAUAAUUGGACUCCAGAUGCUGAAAAAAAUCUGCUUGAGCUUUUCAACAGAUUGAGCAGCAGCUGGGGCUGGGAAAUACAUCUGUUAACAUUCUGGCCCAUGAUACAGGGUUCGGAACUCAAAUAUUGGCAGUUCUUCUCUUGGAUGCUGCUCCAUCCACUGAGUUUCUCCAGUAGAUUGUUUGUUGCUCCAAAUAAUGGAACAGUUAUACUUUGCUAACAUUUGAACUAGUUUUAUGCACAGAACACGUUUUGCAUCUCUUCCUCAAAUCCUCUCUUUUUGAGAGGAGAAGGCAAAGGUUAUCUGAAAGGGGGUACAAGGCCUGAAGAAAAAUUUGCCACAGGAACCAAAUGCUGACAUCCAAAGAAGGGGUGAGUGUUGCUCAUUCUCUCCCACACUUCCAUAAGAGAUGAAGUCUGCUCCCAUACUCAGCUGGAUGAAGCUUUGAAGUGAUGAAACAUUUAUCUAAAUUAUCUUCAUUAAUCUAAACUAAACAUCACAUCUCCAUGGACACCAUAAUGCUGAUCUUAUAGUUUAUUACACAAACUGAAUCCCAAAAGCAUGACAUUUCCAUUCUACCCAGAAUGAUUAACCACACAGUCUGAUUCCAAAAAGCAUGACGUUACACAUACCAAGAAAAUUGAAUACUUGUUUUCUUGUUUCAUUCCACACAAACUUGAGAAGAGAGAUAAAUUGUGCCACAAGAAAGAUGUUUUUCAAUAUUAAAGAUGACCUAAUGUUAGCAAUACCGUUGAAUGAGACUUCUUUGUGAAUUUUUGUUGCUAAUUCUGCAUAAUAGCAUUCAUUUCAGGUCAUAGGGUCACAGGUAGAAUAGUUGCCUAUGUUGAUUAUAAUUCCGUUUUAAUCCACUGAUUGACUUUUGGAGUUGGGAGGAGUAAGUUCAGUGAAUAUUCCGUGAAUACAAGAGAUUCUGCGGAUGCUAAAAUCCAAGAACACACACACACACACCCACACAAAACAUUGGAGGAACUCAGCAAUUUAGGCAACAUCUAUGGAAAGAAAUAGUGUCAAACUUUAGGGCCUGAUGAAGGGUCUUGGCCUGAAAUGAUAACUCUUAUCCUUAGAUGAGACCUGACCUGCUGAGUUCCUCUACAUUUUGUGUGAAUAUGUGGUGAAUGUUACUGUGUAGAAAACAUUCAGGGCCCCAGACAGUCCUUCCCGGUGAGGCGACACUUCACCUGUGAGUCAGCUGGUAUCGUAUACUGCGUCCGGUGCUCCCGGUGUGGCCUUUUAUAUAUUGGUGAGACCCGACGCAGACUGGGAGACCGUUUCGCUGAACACCUACGCAGGAUCUCCCAAUGGCCACACAUUUUAAAUCCACGUCCCAUUCCCAUUCUGAUAUGUCUAUCCAUGGCCUCCUCUAUUGUCAAAAUGAAUCCAAACUCAGUUUGGAGGAACUACACCUUAUAUACCAGCUGGGUAGCCUCCAACCUGAUGGCAUGAACAUUGACUUCUCUAACUUCCGUUAAUGCCCCUCCUCCACUUCUUACCCCAUCCUUGACAUAUAUAGUUGUUUGCCUGUUCUCCAUCUCCCUCUGGUGCUUCCCCCCCCCCCUUUCUUUCUCCUGAGUCCUCCCGUCCCAUGAUCCUUUCCCUUCUCCAGCUCUGUAUCACUUUCGCCAAUCACCUUUCCAGCUCUUAGCUUCAUCCCACCCCCUCCGGUCUUCUCCUAUCAUUUCGCAUUUCUCUCUCCCCUUCCUACUUUCAAAUUCUUACUAUCUUUCCUUUCAGUUAGUCCUGACGAAGGGUCUCGGCCCGAAACGUCGACAGCGCUUCUCCCUAUCGAUGCUGCCUGGCCUACUGUGUUCUACCAGCAAUUUGUGUGUGUUGUUAGAAAAAAUUAAGUUCUAUUUUGCUUUACUUCCCCUUUGAUAUAUAAUCAGUUCAAUCUCCUUCAUACUUAUGCGCAUUUUAACUCUAUAUCAAGGUGUAAUGUGCGGGCUUCUGAUAAAUUUUUGUCACAGAGUAAUACAACACAGGAAAAGUUGUUUUGGCCCUCUCUAUUGCUGCCAGCACAGAAAUGUCCAGAAAAGUCAAAAGAUAAGGAUCUGCAGAGAUUGAAAAUCCAGAAUAAAUAAUAGAAAAUGCAGGAAAAACUCAGCAGGUCAGACCACAUCUGUGGAAAGAGAACAGUUAAUAAUUUCAGUUCUGUAACCCUUUAUUAGAACCUCUUGUGUCUAUACCAUGAUUAUCAUGUGCUCAUCUAAAUAUUGGGAAUGCUGAGGCAGUGCUGUCUAGAGUUUAACCACCCUCUGAAAGAAAAGAAGUUUUUACUCAAAUACUCUUUAACUCUCCUUUCUUGUAAGCCUUUGCCCUCACUAUGUCCCUCAUCAUAUUGUACAUGACAAUCAUGCUUCUCCUCGAUUGCAUCUGGUGCAAGAAAAACAAACCCAUUCCAUCUAGUUAAAAGGUUCAAUCCCAGGCGUUAUCUUGGUGCAUCUCUUCAAAAAUCUCUGAGUUACAAUAAUAUCCAUGAGUUAUAAUAAUAUGUAAAUUUGCCAACAUUCACAGUCAUGGAAAAACCAUGAUUGUCCAUGUCAUGGCAUGUAACAGCUGAAUGAACAAAUUUCCCUCUUCAAAUGUUCAAAGCCAUCGCUGAUGAAGGCAGGUAUCCAGCAUGUCUUCUUAACCUUUUCUUUUAACCAAAAAUGUGGCCUUCAGGUACCCUUGGGCAUUGUAUACUGACUUGCAUCUUCUCCUCCAUCUUUCCCAGAGUUCACUGAUUGAUUGUAUAUUUACUAGUCUGUGAGUGCUCCUGAAGUUUAUGACUGCACUAUUUUGCUGCUCAGUGUUGAUCAAUAUGAUCUUCUGUCUGCAGCAGUGUAAAGCUCACAGCAGCUGUUAAUAGUUUUAAUCCAGGAACAGAGACUCCAGGGUAUCUUUAGGAGAUUCACUACAGUCAGCCAUAGGUCAUCUUAGGUGAUUUUGUGGGUGGUUUUCUCACUUUAGUUUCUGAGAUAUUUUCAAUUAAGUUUAUGGCAGCACAGGUUUGAGAAUAUUCCUUGAACUUGUUUGAUAUCUUUUUUACACCAGUGGUUGGAGUUUGGAAGUCUGUUAUUUUAAGAUUUCCAUGGUUUAUGAGCCAUUAAUGCAAUUGCAGUGUACAAUUAGGGUGCCCAUUUUGGGAGAACAGAGAUGUAAUAAGCAAACAAGCUGGCAGAACUUGGCUUCACUGACCUCAAGACUGUUAUUGAUAUACAUACCAACAUACAUAUAUAUCUUAAACUUAAGAAAGUCUACAGAUGCUGGAAAUCCAAAGCAAAAAACACAAAAUGAUGGAGGAACUCAGCAGGUCAGGCAGCAUCUACAGAAAUAAAUAAACAGUCCUGUUUCAGGCUGAGACCCUUCUUCUGGAUCAAGGUGGAAGGUGCCAGAGUUAAAAGGUGGGGUGGAGGGGAAAGAGGCUAGCUGAAAGAGAAGGAAAAGAAGUAAUCUGAUAGAAGAGACUCUUAUUCUGGCACCUUCCCCAUUCCUUCUCAGUCCUGAAGAAGGGUCUUGGCUCAAAACAUUGACUGUUUAUGAAUCUCUAUAGAUGCCUCCUGACCUGCUGUGUUCCUCCAGCAUUUUGUGUGCAUUACCCUGCAUCUGUUGUGUAGGCAAAUUUGCCUGACAUGUACCUUCCCCUCAAAUGAGCACCAGAGAUAGGAAUGAAGAUAAUUUCACUAUUGAAAACCAUAUCUGCAACUGUUUUGAAAAGAUGCAUUAGUCUGUGAAAGUUUCCUUUAUUUACAGGUCUUUGGGGAAAAUUAGGAAAGGAAGCCUGUUAGCUGUUUUUUUUAAAGUCAGUGGGCCAUAUGGUCAGUACUUAUGUUUUGAGUAUAUUACUAUGUGCUAUCGGGUCUGAAAGAUGUAUUUCCCAUGACCAUUUAAAUACAGGAGAGUGAGCAUUAGUUAGACGUUACUGUGGUUCCCUAAUAAGUUGCCAAUAGUUGAUUACUAGGCAACUUCUUCCCCAGAUUUGUAAUUGCUGUCUUUAUUUGUUCCAUUUCUGAAGGUAGUGAAAUAGUGAAUAUGUUCCUCGAACUCAUGAGCCUAACUUAGACACGAGGUCCAAGAUUUGGUAAAUUCUGAACAGCUCCAAAAUGGCUAAGCACAGUUUCCGUUUAUCAGUUUAUCAUCAGUGACGGUCAGUGUUUUUAAUCACAGUGGAGGAAAGAGGUUUCUACCUAAGUACUUUUCAGUACACGUCCAUUGUGCAGCAGUUCAGACAAUAUGUAAAAACAGCCAACACCAAAGGGUUUUGUAAGCAUUGCCUGUCACAACGUUCUGCUCUUGUAAAUAAUAAUCUUAUUCGUGUGAAAACAAAUGUAUAAAAAUAUGUUAUGUAUAUUAUAUAUAUUCUUUUUACCACUUGUAAAGGUUAUACACAAUUUCUGUAAACAACUAGCAUUAAUGCAUUCACUUUUUAACAUGAAAUAUAAUAAAGUUGAGUCUACAGUAAAAUAUGUAGAAAAUUCCAACUCUAAUGUAAACAUCAUGCCUGUGUAAAUAUUGUACAAAUGCAUUAUUUUCUAUUAUAAUGUGGUUACUUCAA